AUGUCCCUCGACAUUUUCAGCCUCCUAACUCUCGGACACAGCCCAUCCACAUCCACUGUCGGGGCAGCGUUCAGCGCCUACAAGUCUUCCAACCCCGUCCAAUUGCAACUUCCCGAUGAAUCUGCUGGGUCGGCAUCUCCUGUCCAUGUCCACAAGGUAGCACGUCUGGACAGCGACUCUGACUCUGCUUCUGCUUCUAGGUCGAGGGCUGGGGAGGCUGCUGCGACUACGAGGAAGAGAGGCGUUGCGCAGGUCAAGAUCACUGGAUCGGCUUAUCGUCCCUCAGACCGCCGUCAAUCCACCCAAAGCGGCUUCACGGACCUCCAACGCUGCAUCAUCAACAUCCUCUCCCUCGACGAGCCCACACCGCGCCACACCCUCCCCUACGAACGCAUCUUCUCCACAUGCCUUCAUCUCGUCUGCGCCGCCGGCCGUGGCCAGGACCUCGAAGAUGUGCUUAAGCUCGAGUUGGAGAAGUCGUUGGCGAGGCUGAGAGGGCAGUUGGUGGGGAAGGAGACAAAGGGGGAGAUGGAGUGGGUUGAGUAUUUCGUGAGGAUGUGUCGGAUGUUCGAGGGUCGAAUCAGACUGUUGCAGAACUUGUUGGCGUACUUGGACCGUGUGUAUAUGAUUGAGAUCAAGGGCUCGGAAGGAAUCGAGAAUAUGGCCUACGGCCUCUUCACCGAGGCGAUCCUCGAGCGCGAGUCCGGCAUAGUUCAACGCAUAAAGAAAGGGAUCGAAGAAUGGGUCACUGCUGAACGUCUGAAUCCUGACACCCCACACCCGUCCCGCCCCACAAUCCAAAACCUAAUCGCCCAUCUACACCGCCACGCGCGCUACGAACCCAUCUUCGAGUCUUUCUACCUCUCCCUCCUCGCCUCCUUCUACACCGCCGAGUCAUCGAAAUUGGCUGCAGAAGAAACUAGGAAUGCACGGGAGUUCAUCGUCCAUUGUGACGCGCGGAUCGCGCAGGAGAUGAAAAGGGCGGAGGAGGUGCUGCCGAAGAGUAGUUGGGCGAUCGUGAGGAGCAGGACGGAGUAUGCGCUGCUGGAAGGACGUGGGGGGUGGUUGGCGCAGGAUGGAAUGAAGGCGUUGAUGAAUAAGAGGGAUAUGGAUGGGUUGAAGAGGAUGUAUAAUCUCUUCGACCGGAUCAACGGCAAGAAAGACCUGCUCGUCCAAUUCAAGAACACCGUCCAAGACACCGUGAAACGAAUAGUCGAAGACCAACCCCGGGACGACGAAAUGGUCUCCCGCCUGAUCUCCUUCAAACACUUCGCCACCACGACCCUCUCCACCUCCUUCGCCUCCUCCCCCGACUUCAACUACGCGCUCCAAGACGCCUUCACCACCGGGUUCAAGUGCCGGCGCCUCAAGCCCGCAGAGAUGAUCGCGAAGCAUGUCGAUAGGUUGUUGAGGCAGGGACAGGCGGGGAGGGAAGAGGCGGAGUAUAAGAAGGAGUUGGAGGAUGUGUUGGGGUUGUAUAGGAGUACGGACGAUAAGGAUGUGUUCAGGACUUUCUAUCAGAGGGCGUUGGCGAAGAGGUUGUUGUUGAAGAGGGCGGCGAGCGAUGAUGUGGAGAAGGCGAUGUUGGAUCGGUUGAAGAAGGAUUACGACCCCGAGUUCGGAAUGGGCGACCAGAUGUUCACGGACCUGAACCUCUCGCGCGAUCUGGGGAAAGAUUACCGCGAAACUCUCGCAGGGAAGAACAACAAUACAGACUCAGACCUCGUUCCGGAAGUCAUGAUCCUCCAAGCGAGCGUAUGGCCCUUCACGUCCCGCAAAGGCAAAAUCACGGCCGUCCUGCCUCCAUAUCUCCAAGAACAACUAACCUCUUUCACGGCCUACUAUAAAUCCAAAUACAAAGGCCGCACGCUCGAAUGGGACCACUCCCUCGGCACCGCGACGCUCGAGGCGCGUUUCCCCAAAGGCACGAAGAGACUGACGGUGUCGCUCUAUCAGGCCGUUGUGUUGUUGUUGUUUAAUGAGGAGAAGGAGCUCGGGUUUGGGGAGAUUAAGGUUGGGGCGGGGAUGGAGGACGCGGAGCUCAGACGAACACUACAGAGUCUUGCGUGCGGGAAGAAGAAAGUGCUCACGAAGCGUCCGGCGGGGAAGGACGUGAAUGACGGGGAUGUGUUCGUGUUUAAUGAGAAAUUCACGGAUCCGAAGCCGGUGGUGCAUAUUAAUUCGAUACAGUCGAAGGAGACGGCCGAAGAAACAACCCGCACGCGCAACGCCAUCGAAGGCGAUCGCAAGCACCUCCUCGACGCGGCCAUCGUCCGACUCAUGAAAGCGAAGAAACAGAUGCACCACGGGCAGAUCGUGAACGAGACGGUGCAAGCGGUCCAGAAACAUUUCGUGCCGAGCGUGGCGAUGAUCAAGGAACGGAUCGCGAGUCUGACCGAGGCGGAGUAUGUGAGGAGGGACGAGGAGGAUAUGGGGCUUUAUAUUUAUGUUGCGUGAGCUUGGGAGGGGGGUGGAUGUGCCAGUUGGAUAGGAUCUGCUUUCUCUUGUAUUCUUGAAUUGAUGGUGAUCAUCAUGUACUUUUAUGCAAUAGACGCUGUUGUAGAGCUGUGGUAUAUUUCC